CCUUACUGCAGCCCCCACGGUGUCUAUGGCGACAAAAUAUAACGGGGUUGGGCGGACGGAAAGAGAGCACUUACACCCACCGGAAACCAUGUCUGCAGCACCAGCAGAAAUGAAAUUGAACGAAUCCAAAUUUAUUUUUGUGAUCACUCUAAAAUCCCCGCACAAAUGUAUAUUUGGUGCAAUGAGAAUCGCCCGAUAUACCUGCUAAACCGCUCGCCGUUAUUGGAUUCCGUUCAGCGAUUUGGUGAAGUAGGUAGCCAAGUGUGAGUGUUUUAGAAACAUCGUUGAGUUUUGUAUGAGAGGAGGCAGCGGUGCAGACCCGCUCCCAUGGUCUGUUUUUAAACCUUCGUCGCCGGGCGAGAAAAUACAUAUCUAACUAGCAAGCUAAACAUGGAUCAGUAUCACGAGUAUUAUUAAGAAAUUAACCAGUAUUAUUUGUUUACUCAUGUCAGUAGCUACAGUAGUUAACGGUUUCAGUAUGCCCGAUCGAUGGUUUCGUUGAAGCUUGACUGCCUGAUGCAGGCCUGCUUUUUUCUAUCUGGAAAUUUCUUGACUGGGGAAAGCCGCCCUUAACGGAUUUCAUGACUUCCUAGCAUUAGCCUUUUUCGCUGCAUCCCCGACUCAAAUGAUGCGUGUUGUGUCGUUGCAUUGAUUUUGGAUGAUCAUAUCAUCUACUUUUAGCAUAUCAAUGUAAUAUUUUUUUUUUUUAUCCAAACGGUAUAUUUUUAUGGGAUUAUCGGUAAAUUCGAAGCAAAUAUGGUGAAUUGGAAGCGGCUGCUGCGGGUGUCGAACCGCUCAUUUUUGGCCUUCAUUUUUUUCUUCUCCAUGUCUACGACUGGUCUCUACUUCAUAUAUGUGGCUCCUGGAAUAGCCAACACCUACUUCUUCAUGGUGCAAGCCCAGGGCAUCAUGUUGAGGGAUAAUGUGAGGACCAUUGGUCAGAUGAUCAGACUCUACACCAAUAAGAACAGUACUCUCAACGGCACAGAUUAUCCAGAUGGCAGUAACUCCAGUGAAUACAUGUCCCAGCCAACCGCAUACCUCCCUGAGAACUUCACAUACGCCCAGAACCUUCCCUGCCCAGAACGCUUACCUUCUAUGAAGGGUCCUAUGGAUGUCAAUAUGACUGAGAUCCCUAUGGAGGAGAUUGAUCUGAAGUUCUCUAAGUAUCUGGACGUUCACUUUGGAGGACACUGGAAACCCAAGGACUGUAAACCACGCUGGAAGGUGGCCAUCCUCAUCCCGUUCCGUAACCGCUACGAGCACCUUCCCAUCCUGUUCCAGCACCUCACCCCCAUGCUGCAGAGACAGAGACUGCAGUUUGCAUAUUACGUCAUCGAGCAGUCUGGUACCCAGCCGUUCAACAGAGCAAUGUUGUUUAACGUGGGUUUCCUGGAAGCCAUGAAGGAUCUGAACUGGGACUGUCUGGUGUUCCACGAUGUUGACCACAUCCCAGAAAACGACCGUAACUACUACGGCUGUGGUCAGAUGCCUCGCCACUUCGCAGCCAAACUGGACAAGUACAUGUACCUACUACCAUAUAGUGAGUUCUUUGGGGGCGUGAGUGGACUCACAGUGGAACAGUUCCGGAAGAUUAAUGGCUUUCCCAAUGCGUUCUGGGGCUGGGGAGGAGAGGACGAUGACCUCUGGAACAGAGUACAUUAUGCUGGUCUGAACAUCACAAGGCCGGAGGGAGAAAUGGGUAAAUACAAGUCCAUCCCACACCACCACCGGGGAGAGGUGCAGUUCCUGGGCAGGUACAAGCUGCUGAGGUAUUCCAAAGAGAGGCAGCACCUGGAUGGCCUGAACAACCUCAACUACACCCCUGAGAUCUCCCUGAGCUCCCUGUAUAAGAACAUCACCGUGGACCUGCACCCUGAUCUGGCCCCCAUAGCAGACUACUGAACUCUGACUCCCACCUGACCCCUUAAACCCUUCACACUCCCUCAAGCAUCAAACUGUACCCCAAAGAGGGGCUAGGGGUGGGGGUCGGAGGCACACCAUGUAACGCUGCCAAGAAACCUUACUCAAAAAAACUUAAAAAAAACACAAAAGAGGAAGGGGCAUAUAGGGUCUGUUUAAUCGAACAAUUGAUUGUGUAUGUUUCUGUGAUGAUUGUGAAUGGUGUGUGUGUGCUUGCAAGGAUGUGUGUAUCUGACAUUUUGUGUCCGUGUGUCACUGCAUGUCAGUGUGUUCAUGCUGGCUUUAGCUACUAAGCUACUUCACAUCAACACUUCAUAAUACAUUAUGAGGAGGGAAGGACAGUAUUCGUUUUUUUUCUCCACAUCUGAUGUUUACUGCAACGCCUUAAAGUGUCAGGCUCAGCUGCAGAACCACAGCUCUCUGGCUGCCUCCCAAAUGGUACCCUAUUCCCUAUAGGGCUGGAAUUGCCAAGGACCCCACAGUAUGAUAUUGUCACGAUACUUCGGUGCCGAUAUGUAUUGCUAUUCGAUACUGCAAUUUUUUUUAUUUUAUUUUAUUUUUUAUUGCCAUUUGAUAUUCCAAAUAUAUUGCUCACUAUAUGCUGAGUGUACAAAACAUUCCACAGGGAUGCCGCCCCAUAUUGACUCCAAUGCUGCCCACAGUUGUGUCAAGUUGGCUGGAUGUUUUUUAGGUGAUGGACCAUUCUUGAUACACAUGGGUAACUGUUGUGAGUGAAAAAUCCAGCAGCGUUGCAGUGACAUACUCAAACCGGUGCACCUGGCACCUACCCUGUUCAAAGGCACUUAAAUCUUUUGUCUUGCCCAUUCACCCUCUGAAUGGCCCGCACAAUACCCGUCUUAAGAUCGAAAAUAUCCUCCUUUAAUGUCUCCUCCCUUCAUCUACACCGAUUUUUGAAGUGGAUUUAACAAGUGAAAUCAAUAAGGGAUCAUAGCUUUCACCUGGUCAUUCUGUUAUGGAAAGAGCAGGUUUUCCUAAUGAUUUGUACACUCAGUCUAUGUCUGCUGCAGAGAGACGAGAGAGUAUGAGAAGACGAGUUUUGAUCAGUCAGGGAAAUAAGUGCUAAAAACAUUUUGGAUCACUAUUUAAAAAGAUGGAGAACAAGCUAUGGUAUUUUUCAUCCAGUAGGUUUGGCGUAGGUACAGCCGACUAGCACUAGUUACAGUUACGAGAGGGGGAAAAAAAGUUAGAUUUUUUACUUUUACAAAUCGAUUCGUAGAAUCGGGUAUUGAUAUCGUCCAAAAAUAAUACUGCUAUAUGUAACUCGAUUUAGUUUUUUCCCCCCAUCACAAAUUCCCUAUAAACUGUAGUGCACUACUUUUGACCAGAGGCUUAAUGCACUACUUUUGACCAGGGCCAUUCGGGCUCUGGUCAAAAGUAGGGCACUAUAUAGGGAAUAGGGUGCCAUUUGGGACUCUGACUUUAUCUCACAGCACCGCCCAGCACAGCUUUAACUUCUAACGUCUCAGUAUCACCUUACGAGCCAACAGACAUUUUUGUCUUCAUGUUAUAUAAUUUUUUUACACAUCGUUCGUUUUUUAAAGAUGAAACAUGUAUUCAAACAUAUUCCUUAAAGAGGAUGAAAUAGGAGAGGAGCUAAGCGAAGGUGACUUAUGUGUUUAUUGUGGUGUACAUUUUCUGAUAUGAUCUAUUUUCUUAGUAUUUAUUUUUUCCUUUUUUAACGGAUGUUUUAGAUCACUCGAUCCUACUUCUCUGUCUGUCACAUGAGGAGCGGUUUGCUGUUUCUUUGCUGCACUGCCGACACGCAUGAUGCACAGAACACGUGUUAAUACUGGCCACUUAAAAGCUUGAGCACAGAACACGUAUGUACAUAUUUGGCCUUUUUAAACGCUCAGAGCCUGUUAGUAGUUAUUCCAGUGGAUUUGAAUUUUGUUUUGGCAGCUACCUUCUUCCUGAGGACUUAAAGGACUUAACAGAGUGAGUGGUUCUUCCAUUUCACUGGGAAGUUGUAACAAUAGAUGGACAUUUGGCUUUAAAAAAAAAAUGAAAAAAUCUCUUAGGUCAACUAUCUUUUGCAUGCCUUGAUUUAUUUUGUUGCUAGAUGUUUUUUUAAGCAUAAUUUAUUUGAUAAUUUCAAGAUGUUUACUUUUUCAGUUUUGCCUUUUAGUGUUUGUUUUUUCCUCUCUUGAGGCACACAGUGUGAAAAUGGACUAACUGAAGUUAUGGAGUGUGUUCCUGUACAGAAACACAGAUGGAGGCCAGGGUUCAAAGGACUGUAGUAGCUCUGGUCCAGGGUGUUAUGUGUAGUUUGCUGAUGCUGAGCAUUCAACAGCAAGCCACACGUAAUGCCCUGGACCAGAGCUAAGGACUGUUGCUGCUAAGUGGUAAGCUGAGCUGUCAUUCUAUCUUCCUCUGGUGUGUGCAGUUUGCUAUUAUGGAGGAGGAGUGUAUACAGAGCGAAUAGCGUGUUUGGCACAGGAUUAUGUUUCGGAUGUGUCUGUGGCUCAUGUGCGUCUCAUGUGUUAGGUAACUGGCCAUGCGCAUGAGCUUGUGGUUUGGGCUUGUGUGUGUGUGAACUGUGAUGUGGUCCUAAUAGGCUUGUGAGGUAUUUAGGGGCCAGAAUGAAAGAACAGCAGCAAAAGCUAACAGUUAACCCUGUUCUUGAAUGGCACAGACUGAAAUUUGGGCCAUGAAUACUUUAAAUUGUUAAAGUUUUGAGCACUGCAAAGAUUAGCAAGGAAAAAAUGUAGGCAGUUGAUUUCUUUGUACUUAUUAGCGUUUUUUCUCUUGUACAUAUAUUUUGCCCAUACAGUUCAUAUUUAAAUUGUCUGGGUGUUUUGCUAGUGAUGUUGAGUUGAUUUAUCAAAUGUAUGUCUCAAGUAGAACAGCUCUAUUCAAACUACCCAUGUUUUCUCCAUCACAGUAUUGCAGUACUGGGAACCUCCUGUCCUGCUCCAAACAUGGGGUUUGUCCAAAAUGGCACCCUGUGUCCUAUAUAGUGCACUACUUUUGACUGGAGUCCUAUGCGUCCUGGUCAAAGUAGUACACUAUAUCGGGAGUAGGGUAAUUUGGAACGUAGCCUAGCUCUCUCUGUCCCGUCACUCUUGUAGUGCUGUGGAGGAGCGGCCUGAAGAUGUUUACAGUCAUUUUCGCUUCAAAGCUAAAGUGGCUAACAAAGUGCCAGGCUAAAGUCUGUUUUGGUUAACAGACAUUAGCUACGGUUACAUAAGACCUCAAUGGUGUAUUUCUGACCAAUCGGGUGAGGUGAGACGGAAUCAAAGAAGACACGGUAGUGAUAAGACAUUCUGUUGGAGGUGGUCAACUGUGCCAAAGUUCCAAUUCUGAUACCUACCCAUCCUAAUUCUUCCACCUGCCUCUUCUUCUACACUUCUUAUCUCUACUCGUCUUUCCUUCCUUCCCUUUUUAAAUUAAUUCUACUCCCAUGAGCUCCUCUAUGGUGUCUCGGCAUCCAGAUAGACUAGUGUUGAUAGUAGGCAUCAGGGUGUAAGUGUUAAAAGAGCCAUAUAUCUAUGACAUAUAUGACAUAUAUACAACAUACAGGUAACUACUAAAAUAAAGGAAACACCAACAUAGUGUCUUAAUAGGGCGUUGGGCCGCCAGAACAGCUUCAAUGCGCCUUGGCAUAGAUUUUACAAGUGUCUGAUAAUGGGCAACUGGGCAUUUUUAUACAUGACCCUAACAUUGAUGGGAUGUUAAUUGCUUAAUUAACUCAGGAACCACACCUGCAUGGAAGCAUCUGCUUUCUAUACUUUGUAGCCCUCAUUUAUUCAAGUGUUUAUUUUAUUUUGGAAGUUACCUAUAUAUCUCUGUAUAUGUCUCUGGGUGUUGGGUAUAGCUCAGUGUUAGGGACUGGGUUGGGGGCUUCUCUUUUGCUAUGCCUUUUGCUCAGUAACAGAUUUUUGCAUAAGAGGAUAAACGCUGUCAUUGUUUUUAUAUACAUUGUAGAAGUUAUGGGCAGCCUAGCUGUCCCCCCCACUUGAGGGCACCUUGAGUUACUGUAGCAGAGAGAUGCACUCUUGAGUCAGUAGCUUCUUUUUCUGGAUCCCAUCAUCUCACUCGCUGGAAGGGAUCCGCUUCUUUAUAUUCUCUCUUCCUGUCAUAGUGUCUGACUUUCAAUCUGUUCAGGGAACAGUGUGAAGAGUAUUAAAGAGAUGAAUUAGAGAAAGCACCCGUCACUGAAGAUUAUUUAGCGUCAGUAUUCUCUCUGUGUCCCAAAUGGCACCCUAUUCCCUAUAUAGUGCACUACUGGCUCUGGUCAGAAGUAGUACACUAUAUAGAGAAUAGGGUGCCAUUUGGGACUUAACUCGGAGUUGUACAUAUUGUUAUUGCCUCUGAGAGGAGUAGGGGGUGAGGUAUGGAAGGAAGGGUAGUUUAGGGGGCGGCUGGGCAGUGUGCUGGCUACACCCGGUCGCUAGUGGUUUGGUUUACACCCCCAGCCCAAUUGGGAGGGGGGCAAGGGACCCCCCCUACUCUCCCCUCCUACUGCCUCUGUUGGUUGUACGAAUAUCCAAAAAUAGAAAUACAAUUUUUCUAAUUAGUAUAUUCACCAUUACAUCAUUUGUAAUGUAGAGUAUGACAUUUUUGCAGUAUUCAUAUUUGUGCCUUGAGUUAUUAUUUUUUUAAUUCUUUUUUUUUUUGUUCAAACUGUUCACUUUGGAUUCUUGGUUGAAAGAUACAGUAAAGGUUUGGAUUGUUUUUAAACUGAAGUUAGUGUAUUUGCUUUUGUAUUUUCCAACUAGAAUGGAGCUCUGGCACAAAGUUUCCAUGACAACAGGCUGUGUAGGAUUUCAAAAGGAAUCCUACUCAAGUGUCUGUCUAUUGUGUCUGUGUUGGUGUAUCAAUGAUUGGCUGUAUCCAAUUUUUCCUGCUGUCCAAUCAGAGCCCUGUUCUACUUUGGCUACUUGGACCAUGACAUGUACAAUCCUCUUGGAUCCUCAGCUCUCUGGUCUUCUCACUAUACUCUGCUCUGUCUGAACAAAGAGUCAUAGCUGGAGCCUGAGUGCAGACUCUUGCAUUACUACCAUCCACCAGGAAGUGGAGGAUGACACAGAGGAAGUAGUGACUUUUGAAUGGAAAUCUAUGGAAAUGAAGUGUCAAAUCUGGUAUACAAAUAAUAUAUUUGCUCAUUCAAUGUCAGGCAUAUUCAUUCGACUUUAUGGGUUUGUACUUAGAUUGUUCGGAAGAUGCAUUUAUAGAAAUAUGAACUUUAAACACGUUGUCGAUUUGGCCCCAAAAAACAAGCUUAAUUCAAUGUAGCGCCUACUAAUGCGCCUCUUGCGUCUAGUUUAGCAAUUUCAUUUUGCUAGAGUUCCUCCCCCCUCCGACAACGCAGACAACUUUCUACAUGGUGAAGCCGAACGGUUAGCCAUCUUGUCAAUCUUCCACAAUCUUUGGUGUAACAGCCAGUAAAAGACUAUACACUAGAGUUGAACUGUUGGACUUUGUAAAGUUUAGUUUUUUUGUCAACAAAAUAUUAAUAAAACACAUUCAUUGCCAUGUUCUGGGAAACACCUCUGA